UGGAAGGGAGAGGCGUUGCCAUGGCGGCGUCUCUCGGGCAGGUGCUGGCCUUGGUGCUGGUGGCCGCUCUGUGGGGUGGCACCCAGCCGCUGCUGAAGCGGGCCUCCUCCGGCCUGCAGCAGGUCCACGAGCGGACCUGGGCCCGGCAGUUGCUGCAGGAGAUGAAGACCCUCUUCUUGAAUACUGAGUACCUGAUGCCCUUUUUCCUCAACCAGUGUGGUUCCCUUCUCUACUACCUCACCUUGGCCUCAACAGAUCUGACCCUAGCUGUGCCCAUCAGUAACUCUCUGGCCAUCGUCUUCACACUGAUUGUUGGCAAGGUCCUUGGAGAAGAUAUUGGUGGUAAACGAGCAUUCGCAGGCAUUGUGCUCACCGUGGCAGGAAUCACACUCUGCAUCACAAGCUCGGUGAGCAAGACCCAGAGGCACCCAUCUACCCUUUGAGUGGGCCGAUACCUCCCUCCAGCUCUGCUGUCUCCAGGAAGCCCCUGGGCCAUGAGGUGCAGGCAGUGAGCAGAGGGACCUAGCACUUCCCCCUGAGCCUCAGCUUCCUCGUCUCUUACGGGAAUAACAGCUACCUCGUGGAUCACAAUAAGAGAACAAGAGUGAGAGGAUUUUGGAACUUUCAAGUGCUGUUCAAUGUCUAGGAUUUAGCACAAGAGACUUCACACUUACCCUCAGCAACCUUUCUGCCUCAGCAGCUCUCUUCCUGCUGUCAUGUCAGGCCACUAAGGCCCUAGCCCAGCCACUGUUACUAUGGCCUGAUCUGGACUAUCACAGCAGCAGGGUUGAUGGACUGCAGAAUCCCUGCUGCAUGGAGAGGGCCAGCUUGGUUCUUUGAGCCAGAAAUGCAAACAGGAGGCCUCCAGGGCUCAGAGAGCAUGCUGGCUGAAGGGAGAACUGAGGGGAAGAAGGCGCACUAGAAUGGCAGAUGUAAGGGAGAGAGC